AACCCACCUCAUUCAAUGCACAGCAGCAAGUAGUAGUAGUAGUAGUAGUAGUAGUAGCAGCACAUGGCGGCGUUGAGACGCUCGGCGUGAAGAAAAACACGCUGCAACUCAACCCAGAAGCGGAUAAAGCUCUGAAAAUAGGACAAAGCAGCAGUCAACGGCUCGGCUCUGCUGAGUGCGCGCGCGCGUGCGUGUUGUUUUCCGCUGCAGGCAGAAUUGUGCACAACUGCCGGAAAACAAACGGUCUGCUCGCCUAUAUGUCAUCGUAAACGAGCUUCGUUUCGUCGUAUUGUUUUGCAAAGAAGGGCAUAGUGAGCGGCGAGAGGCUGCAGUGAAGUGGGGCGGGGGGCGGAGGGGGGUGGGGGGGGGGAGCGUCUUGCGCGUGGUGGGGUUCUGUCGAAGAAAUCAAGUCAAUAGAAGUGGAAGCGGGCGUGGUGACGUCACGGCUCCACAUCGAGCCACUCGUACAUUGAGUCAGCGGCGCUAGACAGACGAGCGCCCGACCAAAGUACACACCGACAUGAACUUCUGCCUGCGAACGUCCACCGUCGUCGCUCGCUAAGCCGGGAAAGGAGGACUUUGAGGGGGUCGACGACGAGCGAGCGCCAUGUCGUCCGCGGCCGUCGCUGCUUCUUCCAGGAGGCAGUCGUGUUAUUUGUGCGACCUGCCCCGCAUGCCCUGGGCCAUGAUUUGGGAUUUUACCGAACCCGUGUGCAGGGGAUGCGUCAACUACGAGGGAGCGGACCGCAUCGAGUUCGUCAUCGAGACCGCCCGCCAGCUGAAGCGGGCUCACGGCUUCCAGGAGGGCCGAUCUCCCGGGCCCGUCAAGUCGCAGCUCUCCGGCAAGGAGCUCCAGGCGAUCAACCACGCCGCGGCGGCGGGGGACCCCGGCUCGCGGCCGCCGCAGCCGCUGGAUCGCUACCCGCUGUCCUCCGAGCGCCCGCCCCGGCUGGGCUCCGAGUACCAGUCCGGACGGCAGGCCAACGGCGUCCCCGUGCCCAAUGGAUUUCCUAAGCCCGACGAGCCGCCGGAGCUGAACCGCCAGAGUCCCAACCCGCGCAGGAACAGCGCGGUGCCCCCGAACCUCGUGCCUUUGGUGAACGGCAGCAUGGCGCCCGUGCACGCCGUCAACGGCAGACCGGGCCAGAUGGGGCUGCCCUCCGCCGAGCUGGGCAAGAGACCCGCCUCGGUGUCCGGCGGCGGCGAGCACGACCGCGACGGCAAGGAGAAGCACAGGGCGGACAGUCUGACGCCGGAGAUCUCGGAGGCCCACAAAGGCAGAGCGGAGCCCGACUGGAUGGGCAAGGGCAAGACGGUGCGGGACCUGAUGGCUCUGCACACGUUCGACAGCCGCUUCAAGAAGGACCACGCGGCCAUGCAACAAAGGGUGAUGGGCUACGACGGCAGCGCCUCGGCUUCCAAGUCAGACAGAGGAAAACACCCCCGCAGCAUGAAGAGAAAAGCGUCGCCCGAACCGGAGGGCGAGGGCACGGCAGCCAAGCUCAACGGAGAGGCGCAACAGUGGUUACCGCCGCCUUCCGAGGGACUGAAAAUGCCACCGGUCCCCCCUCCGAGCUUCGCCUCCCCCCCUUCCACGAUAUCCCCCCACUCCCGCACCACCCCGCCGGAGGCGGCCCAGAACGGCCAGUCCCCCAUGGCGGCCCUCAUCAUGGCGGCGGACAACGCGGGUGGGAACAGCUCUCCCAAGGACGCCAACCAGGUCCACUCCACCACCCGCAGGAACAGCAGCAGUCCCCUGUCGCCCUCCUCCAUGAGUCAGAGGAGGCUGGCGCAGAGAGAUGCGUCGGGUGCGGGUACCCCCCACGUGCCAGGCAUGGACCAAGUGCACCCCCAAAGCAUUCCGGACUCCUCGGUACCGGGCAGCAUACCCUUGUGCUGCACGCUGUGCCACGAGCGCUUGGAGGACACGCACUUUGUUCAGUGCCCGUCUGUGCCCUCUCACAAGUUCUGCUUCCCCUGCUCGAGGGAGAGCAUAAAGCAGCAAGGCGCCACGGGUGAAGUGUACUGUCCGAGUGGGGAGAAGUGUCCCCUGGUGGGCUCCAACGUACCGUGGGCUUUCAUGCAGGGGGAAAUCGCCACCAUCCUGGCGGGAGACGUCAAAGUAAAAAAGGAGAGGGACCCUUGAUUUGGUUCCGAGCAGACAAAAAAAAAACAACAACAACAACACGAUUAUAAAUAUAUAAAUAUCACUUACAUACCAUUCAAACAAACUAACAGACUUGUACAUAUUGGACCCAAGGGAAGAGUAUACUUCGUAAACAUGGUUGUAUAAUUUUUGAUUUUUGAAUACAUUGUGUUUCUAUAUUUUUGAAGAUAAAGGUAUGUACUCAUUAUAAUGGACUACGUUCCUCUGUUGAUGUUUAACAAAAUUCUCGAUGUACUUCUAGGUCUGGUGGCAGUUCCUGUUUAACGUAGAAUGUGACUAAUGCUACUCUACGAGCACUUGGCAAAACUGAAAUGCUUUUAGCUGUACUUGUAUGCACUUGUUUAAAAAUUGCCAAAUACAAUUUCUUGAUCUUGUAUGAA